AUGCACAAUAAAGUGUAUUCCAUACAGCGCUACUUCGUAAGGGCGUUAACAAUAAAGCAGGCUCCGCAAGUUUCCAUAUCAGAGUCAGUUCUAAACAAUUCGAUAACCAACACAAAAAACAUUGAGAAUGUUGAAUCCUUACCAAACUUGAAGACCAUGGAAACAGUUACGAUGGAAGCAGUAGGUGUCCCUCCUUCUGCCAUGACAGUUGGAAUCCCACCAUCGUUACCAGUAUUUGUGCGUAAGAAAACGAUUCUCUCUAUUCAGGGCAAUCAUGAGCGCAUUGCUGUGUCGAAUGAGACGAUCCAGUUUCUUAAAAGAUUGUUCUACGGCAAUUUUCUCUCAAGGUACCAGAAGCUCAUAAGUACGGAACCGUUUUCUUUAUUGGUGACGUCAAAUCCCCCAACUUUGUUCCCCAGUUUAUUCCUGAAUGUGACACCUAAGUCAUUUGCAAGUGUUAAGCUUGAUGGGAUUAACGAUUGGGCUAUUCUCAAACAUGAUGCUUUGCAUAUUUAUUCCGGUCCUUCUUUGAAUAUUGGUAUGUUCAGAUUGCCAAGCAAAAUUUCCCGUCAAUUAAUGAAAAGAUUGACCUUGUCAAGAAAAGAGCCUACGGGUUUGUUUCAUUGGGCGAGAUCGGGGUUCACAUUCGUCAACGGCCGAGGGAGUAUUGGACUCUCUGGUAACGGUGUAAUAUACUCAGUGAAUAUUGCGGAAGGUGAAGAGUUAUCCGUUAAUAAGGACAGCUUAGUUGCAGUAUCCGUUAAUGGUCCGUACGAUUUGCAGAAUUGCAUAAUUAAGUACACCUACCCAGUUGCUGAGGCUGAUGAAAAGAUCAUCACUAGACCCCCCACUAAAAUGGCACAAGUGCUUUCAUGGAAUGAUUUUGUUGUUAAUGCCAAGUAUUACUGGUGGAAGGUGGUCUCGUCGUAUCAUAAGUUGAGAGGUGUUUAUCCUAAGAUUUUAGUUGGAAAGAUGGAUUUCGUGCGUGUAAUUGGCCCUCGGUCCGUAUUGCUUCAGUCCGGAAACCCAAGUCAAUCAUUUGAACGUAAUUUUUUACUUCCAAGUGGUGCUUCAAAGUUGCCAGAAUCCAAGGAGACUUCUGCAGAUUAUCUCAAUAUUGUGACAAUUGAUCAGGAUGGACCCAAAAUUUCAAGUACCAAGGAUUUUAAGGACUCUGUGAGGAAACUAGAGAAAGGAAAUUCGUAA